GCAGCUUUCCAAACGCGACCUCGGAGUUCGGUGGGCGUCCCCUGCCCUUCUGCCAGCUCCUCUUGGGAGCAGCCACUCCUGGGCUAGGGCUGCUGGCGGCCUCCUCUCCUCCUCUGGGUCAGGACCGAUUCCAUGGCCCCAGGCGAAGGACGUGUUCAGGCCCUGUCUUUCUGGUGUCAGCUCUGAGGCGCCUGCUGAGAGAAGCCUCGGGACCGGAGAGGAUGGCAGAGCAGUCCCUGCUCCAGUACCGAGUACCUGCUGGGCCCUGGGCACGCAGGGGCCGUAGCCCCACUGUGUGUGGGAGCCAUGAGGAUCCUGGCUAACAAGACAAGGUUGCCCCACCCCAGGAGGAGAGAAGCUCCAGGGAGCCCACCACUGUCCCCCCGUGGCCACUGCCCCCCUGCCCCAUCCAAACCAAUGCACCCAGAAAAUAAGCUGACCAAUCAUGGCAAGACAGGGAAUGGUGGGGCCCAAUCCCAGCAUCAGAAUGUGAACCAAGGACCCACCUGCAACCUGGGCUCGAAGGGUGUGGGGGCGGGGAACCAUGGGGCCAAGGCCAACCAGAUUUCACCCAGCAACUCCAGUCUGAAGAACACCCAGGCCCAGGCCGGGGUGCCCCCUUUCAGCUCGCUCAAGGGCAAAGUGAAGAGGGAGCGGAGUGUGUCUGUGGACUCUGGAGAGCAGCGUGAGGCUGGGACGCCCUCCCUGGACUCAGAGGCCAAAGAGGUGGCGCCCCGCAGCAAGCGGCGCUGUGUGCUGGAGCGGAAGCAGCCGUACAGCGGAGACGAAUGGUGCUCAGGACCAGACAGCGAGGAGGACGACAAGCCCAUCGGGGCCACCCACAAUUGUAAUGUAGGAGACCCUGCCAUGGCGGCCCCACAGCUGGGUCCCGGCCAGACCCCCCAGCUUCCCCUCAGUGAGGGCAGUGCCCCAGGCCCCCCGCAUGGGCCCCCAGCAGCCCUGCGGCCAGAUGCCUCCGGGGGCAGUGGUGUCCCCGGAAAGCCUCCCUCACAAUUCGUGUAUGUCUUCACCACCCACCUGGCCAACACGGCUGCGGAGGCUGUGCUGCAGGGCCGGGCCGACUCCAUCCUGGCCUACCACCAGCAGAACGUGCCCCGGGCCAAGCUUGACCAGGCCCCCAAAGCGCUCUCCACCCCAGAGCCACUCCCCCUGAGCACACCGUCUGCAGGCACCCCACAGUCCCAGCCACCUCAACUGCCACCACCGCCCCCAGCCCCUGGCAGUGCCCCCCCUGCUCUGCCUUCUGAGGGGCCUCCUGAGGACACUAAUCAGGACCUGACACCCAACUCAGUGGGAGCUGCCAGCACAGGUGGUGGGACUGGGGGUACCCACCCGAACACCCCUACAGCUGCUACCAACAACAACCCGCUGCCUCCAGGAGGAGACCCCAGCGGCGCCCCUGGCCCUGCCCUCCUUGGGGAGGCCGCCCCCCCAGGAAGUGGGCAGCGCAGCCUGAUGGGCUCGGAGGGGCUGUCCAAGGAGCAGCUGGAGCACCGGGAGCGCUCCCUGCAGACUCUGCGGGAUAUUGAACGGCUGCUGCUCCGCAGUGGGGAGACCGAGCCUUUCCUCAAGGGGACCCCGGGAGGCGCAGGUGAGGUCGGACCACCAGCACCAGCCCCUCCCGCGCCCCCGCAGCCCCCCACUGCCCCUCCUGGCGGGCUGAAGAAGUACGAGGAGCCCUUGCAGUCCAUGAUUUCGCAGACACAGAGCUUAGGGGGCCCCCCACUGGAGCAUGAGGUGCCUGGGCACCCCCCAGGCGGGGACAUGGGACAGCAGAUGAACGUGAUGAUGCAGAGGCUAGGCCAAGACAGCCUGACGCCCGAGCAGGUGGCCUGGCGCAAGCUGCAGGAGGAGUACUACGAGGAGAAGCGGCGGAAGGAGGAGCAGAUCGGGCUCCACGGGGGCCGCCCGCUGCAGGACAUGAUGGGCAUGGGCGCGGUGAUGGUGAGGGGGCCGCCGCCUCCCUACCACAGCAAGCCUGGGGACCAGUGGCCGCCCGGGAUGGGCGCCCAGCUGCGGGGGCCCAUGGAUGUCCAAGAUCCCAUGCAGCUCCGGGGCGGACCUCCCUUUCCCGGCCCCCGUUUCCCAGGCAACCAGAUGCAACGGGUGCCUGGGUUUGGGGGCAUGCAGGGCAUGCCCAUGGAGGUGCCUAUGAAUGCCAUGCAGAGGCCUGUGAGGCCGGGCAUGGGCUGGACCGAAGACUUACCCCCCAUGGGGGGGCCCAGCAAUUUUGCUCAGAACCCCGUGCCCUACCCAGGUGGGCAGAGUGACGCAGAGCGAUUCAUGACCCCCCGGGUUCGUGAGGAGCUGCUGCGGCACCAGCUGCUAGAGAAGCGGUCCCUGGGUAUGCAGCGCCCCAUGGGCAUGGCCGGCGGCGGCGGCAUGGGGCAGGGCGUGGAGAUGGAGCGGAUGAUGCAGGCGCACCGGCAGAUGGACCCAGCCAUGUUCCCCGGGCAGAUGGCGGGCGGUGAGAGCCUGGCGGGCACUCCCAUGGGCAUGGACUUUGGCGGAGGCCGGGGCCUUCUGAGCCCCCCGAUGGGGCAGUCCGGGCUGAGGGAGGUGGACCCCCCCUUGGGGCCAGGCAACCUCAACAUGAACAUGAACGUGAACAUGAACAUGAACAUGAACCUGAAUGUGCAGAUGACCCCGCAGCAGCAGAUGCUGAUGGCGCAGAAGAUGCGAGGCCCUGGGGACAUGCUGGGUCCGCAGGGCCUCAGCCCCGAGGACAUGGCCCGCGUGCGGGCUCAGAGCAGCAGCGGCCUAGUGGGCGGCCCGCAGAAGAUGCUAAUGCCCUCGCAGUUCCCCGGCCAGGGCCAGCAGGGCUUCUCCGGAGGCCAGGGGCCCUACCAGGCCCUGCCACCGGACAUGGGCAGCACCCAGGACAUGUUCAGCCCCGACCAGAACUCCAUGCCCAUGAGCAAUGUGGGGACCACUCGGCUCAGCCACAUGCCUCUGCCCCCUGCAUCCAACCCUCCGGGGUCUGUGCACGCAGCCCCGAGCCGGGGGCUGGGCCGACGCCCUUCAGACCUCACCAUCAGUAUUAACCAGAUGGGCUCACCGGGCAUGGGGCACCUGAAGUCGCCCACACUUAGCCAGGUGCACUCCCCGCUGGUCACCUCGCCCACUGCCAACCUGAAGUCACCCCAGACUCCCUCACAGAUGGUGCCCUUGCCUUCUGCCAACCCGCCGGGACCUCUCAAGUCGCCCCAGGUCCUGGGCUCCUCGCUCAGUGCCCGCUCGCCCACGGGCUCUCCCAGCAGGCUCAAGUCUCCCUCCAUGGCGGUGCCUUCUCCGGGCUGGGUCGCCUCGCCCAAGACAGCCAUGCCCAGCCCUGGGGUCCCCCCGAACAAGCAGCCGCCUCUCAGCAUGAACUCAUCCUCUACCCUGGGCAGUAUGGAGCAGGGUGCCCUCCCGCCCAGCGGUCCCCGGAGCAGCUCCUCCGCGCCUCCCGCCAACCCCACCGGCGGCCUCAUGAACCCCAGCCUGCCGUUCACUUCCUCCCCAGAUCCCUCGCCAUCCCAGAACCCGCUGUCGCUGAUGAUGUCCCAGAUGUCCAAGUACGCCAUGCCCAGCUCCACGCCACUCUACCACAACGCCAUCAAGACCAUCGCCACCUCAGACGACGAGCUGCUACCCGACCGGCCCCUGCUGCCCCCGCCACCACCGCAGGGCUCCGGGCCAGGGAUCAGCACUAACCAGUCCAACCCGAUGCACCUGAGCUCAGCUGCUGCCCAAAGCCCCAUGGGCAUGACCCUGCCAGGCCAGCAGCCUCUGUCCCACGAGCCCCAGCCUGCCAUGCUCCCCUCCCCCACUCCUCUGGGUUCCAACAUUCCACUGCACCCCAAUGCUCAGGGGACAGGGGGGCCUCCUCAGAACUCAAUGAUGAUGGCUCCAGGGGGCCCAGACUCCCUGAAUGCUCCCUGUGGCCCUGUGCCCAGCUCCUCCCAGAUGAUGCCCUUCCCCCCACGGCUACAGCAGCCCCAUGGCGGCGGUGCCAUCCCCAGUGGGGGUGGGGGGCCGGGCCUACAGCAGCACUACCCCUCGGGCAUGCCCCUGCCCCCCGAGGACCUGCCCGGCCAGCCACCUGGCCCCAUGCCCUCCCAGCAGCACCUGAUGGGCAAAGGCAUGGCUGGGCGCAUGGGCGACGCGUACCCGCCGGGUGUGCUCCCAGGGGUGGCAUCCGUCCUGAACGACCCCGAGCUGAGCGAGGUGAUCCGGCCCACCCCGACGGGGAUCCCCGAGUUCGACUUGUCCAGGAUCAUCCCCUCGGAGAAGCCAAGCAGCACCCUCCAGUACUUCCCCAAGAGCGAGAACCAGCCCCCCAAGGCCCAGCCCCCCAAUCUGCAUCUCAUGAACCUGCAGAACAUGAUGGCGGAGCAAACCCCCUCACGGGCCCCCAACCUCCCAGGCCAGCAGGGUGUCCAGCGGGGGCUCAACAUGCCCAUGUGCCACCCCGGACAGAUGUCCUUGCUGGGCAGGACAGGUAUGCCCCCGCAGCAGGGCAUGGUGCCCCACGGUCUGCACCAGGGGGUCAUGUCCCCGCCGCAAGGCCUCAUGACCCAGCAGAAUUUCAUGCUGAUGAAGCAGCGGGGCGUGGGGGGCGAGGUCUACAGCCAGCCCCCCCACAUGCUCUCCCCGCAGGGCUCCCUCAUGGGCCCCCCGCCCCAGCAGAACCUCAUGGUGUCCCACCCUCUGCGGCAGCGCAGUGUGUCUCUGGACAGCCAGAUGGGCUACCUCCCCGGCCCGGGCGGCAUGGCCAACCUGCCCUUCUAGCACUCUCUGCCGGGGCCGGGCAGCACUGCAAAUAGUGUCACCUGAAAAGUGUCUUCCCUCCAGUGUUGGGGUGACCUGGGGUCCAGGGUGGGUCGGAGGGUGGGAGGGGCUUGUGUGGGGAAUGGCAUUUGUGGCAACCAGAUGUGCUGGCAGCUGAGUGGGAUGGCAGUGGGAGGGCUCUGGGUAGGGAGUUGUUCCAUUGUGGCCAUCAGACCAUCCCACCCCACCCCCAAGUCUUUGGAGCCUGUUUCCCCUGUGUCUCUGCACCCCUCAUUUAGCUCUGUGUUCCGAGUCCUGUGUGGAGUCCUUAGAGGGGAGAGGAAGAGGAGGUGACAUCUCCCUUCUCCAUCCCCCCUUCCCACCACUCUCUCCAGUGCUCCAGCCUUGCUGCUCCUGGUUCUGCUCCCACCUGGUUCUUCUCUUUUCCUGCCUCAUCUCCUCUCUCUGCUGCUGUGGCUGACCCCCUCACCCGCCUCCCCCCCCCCCCCGCCCCCACAGGUGGCCGGCCAGGUGGGCGGGGCUGCCGCUGGCGCAUAGAGAGCUGCGCUUUGUGCUGGACUGUGUGCGCCUUAGUCCUGUGCUUUGAUAGAAGUCACCCAAAAGAGGGAUGAAAGAAGCUCUUCCCCUCUUUCAGAUUACUGCCCCAGGGCCUGCAGCCUGACACACCUGUCCACUGCUCACAGCAUCUCUGGGUCCCUAGAGGGUGCCAUUCUGGUCCCCCCAAAUGGGGAAAUGACAGAGCCCACACCUGAUGCAUAGCCCACACCUGAUAGAAUGUCCAAACCUGACAGAUGGCCCACACCUGACAGAAAGCCCCCACACCUGACAGAAAGCCCCCACACCUGACAUAGCCCCCCACACCUGACAGAAAGCCCCGCACACCUGACGUAGCCCCCCACACCUGACAGAAAGCCCCCCACACCUGACAGAAAGCCCCCCACACCGGAUAGAUGGUCCACACCUGAACUGAGGUCAGACCACCUGGCUUUUCCCUGGUGAGCCCAGCAGGGCUGAGACCUGUGGAACAGCAGGCUGCUGAGUGAGUCAGGAGCGCGUGCGUGCAUGCGUGCGUGCGAGUGUGUGUGACGUGCGUGCGAGUGUGUGUGAGUGACACGCCCCUGGCUUCUGGUUGUGGAUGGCUGACGUCCCCCUAGCUACAUCUUAGCCAGACCUUGAAGUCCUGGGUCCCCAGGCUGAGGGGAGGGAGAGAAAAGGCAGGGGCUGUGUGGAGCCUGAGGAACAGUGGGGGGCCCAGGGGCCCUGUGCCUGCGGCAAUGGCUCUGGGCCAGGUCACCCCCAGGGCCCCCAAUCUCCAGAGGCUGCCACCUAAUUCUAUCACCGAAGAAGGGAGGGUGUGGCCGAGCCUGUCUCUCCCGGCCUCUGCGAGCAGCGGGGCGUCCUGCUGGCCUGUCUGCCUGCUGCCCAUGCACUGGCAAAGCCCCUCUGCCCAGGGCCCGGGCUGUGCCCACCCGGGCGCAGUCACUGUCUCCCCCUCCGAGCUCCCCCCACCUCAGUCGAGCUGAAGCCAUACACACUGGGUGCUGUGCACCCCCCCCCCCCCCAAACACACACACCCAGGAGUAAAACUUUCUCAAUUCCCUUCCUGCUGUGGGGCAGGCCGCUCCCCGGCCUCCAGGGCCACGUCUAGACAAGGUGUCCUCUGCCAAGGCCUGGCCCCACCUCGGCAGCUGUCACACAGGGACUCCCCCAUUUCUCCGUCUGGUGCUGUGCUCAGUCCACUGUCAGCCGGACCCAGCGCUUCCUCGCGGCUGGCUGCAGGCUCCUGCCUCCCAGGACCCAGGCCUCAGGCUUGUGUGUCCAGGAGCCACUGCCACCCUCCAGCCAGGCGCCCUGCCUGCGCUGCCUGCACUGGGCCUGUAUCGCUGAGCCCCCAACCCCCACCCCAAACUCUCAAACUGACUCAGUGUUGCCUGCCCAGAGGGGAGGGACGGACUGCAAGGCCUGACAUUCUCCUCUUCCCACCUGCUGUCAGAGUAGCUUUUCCAGGUGAACUCCACAGGCCAGCCUCCUCCAUCCAAGGCCAUCCCCAGCCAUUUUGUACCAUUAUAUAAAUAUAUAUAAAUAUAAAUAUAUAAAUACAAUAUGUGAAGACAUCCUUUGGGUUUUUAUUUUGAAACAAUUUUUAGGCUUGUUCCGGGGGUCUCUGUGCUGCCUGUACUGUAUUGACCUGUUUUAUAGGUGCCUUUUUAUUAAAAAGAAAAUGCAAAACCUGA